CAUGAGUGCUCUGGCAGUCUGGCUAGCUUCAGCAUUUCCUUUCUGAUGAGUGUGAAGCGAUCAUGGCGGCUGCAUUGAACAGCUUUCAACACCAGCUGGGACUUCGCUCCGCAAAUCAGGUCGUUGGCAGGCAGAUCAAUACACCUCGUAGCCUGUUGAAGUUGGAUGUUUUGUCUGCCGGGCUUACGACAAGGAGAGCAGGCGCUUUGACUAGAAGCACCCAAUUUGCAGGACAACGAACAGGAUUACGCACUGCAUCUUCCUUCAGCUCCGAUCACUGCAGUAGCUCACAGACCGACUCAAAUAGCUUCUGCAUUAAGACACAGAAAAGUCUGCAGCUGCUAGAAUCUCCUUCCAGCUUUCAUCACUUUGCUGUCGGGCGUGGGUUGAAGAGAUUUGAGAACAAGAAGCGUUCGACUCGCCAAUUUGGUGUUGCCAUGGCUGGUAGUACAGACAAUGCCAUAAAGCCAAAGAAGGUCCUGUUUGUGUGUUUAGGUAACAUCUGCAGGAGCCCCACUGCAGAGGCUGUGUUCCGAGCUGCGGUUGAGAAGAGAGGCCUCAGUGAUGAGUUUGAGAUUGAUUCUGCGGGCACGAUUGACUAUCAUCAGGGCGAUCCAGCAGACGGGCGUAUGAUGAGGCACGCGGCCAAAAGGGGCGUCAAGCUGACGUCCAUUUCCCGGCCAGUUGUGCCGUCAGACUUUGAGAAGUUUGACGUCAUUCUGGCCAUGGACGACAAUAACGAACGGGAUCUUAACAAGGCCUUCGAUAAGUGGAGCUCCCAACGGCCCCUGCCCGAGUCGGCCCGAAGUAAAGUGCGGCUCAUGUGCAGCUACUGUAAAAAGUUCGACGAUAAAGAGGUCCCGGAUCCCUACUACGGCGGCUCGGAGGGGUUUGAAAAGGUCCUCGACCUCUUAGAAGAUGCAUGUGGCGGCCUCCUCGACUCCCUACUUGCUUGAACAUUUUCGGGUUGCGGGUCACGCUCGUGCUGCCUUCGCCAGGGAGAAAUCGAGUACGUCAAAGGAGGUCAUUAGAGUAUUGGGCUCAACAUUACAAUAAUACUGAGUGAACCGCUGAAGCAGCUUGAAGGCAGAACCCACAUCCUGAUCGAUAACGAAUCCGCAUGGCGGGGUCGUAUGCACACACUGAAGGCAGAAUCAGGCCAUGGUCUCUCAUGGCAUGACGCGUACUUGGAUUUGGCAUUGCCACCAGAUGAUGGAGUAGAGUCAGCUAGGAAUUGAAGUUUGACUUGGCCGCAUGCGCAUUUGAUGCAUUGCAAUUCCUUGAAUUCGGCAG